GGACGACGAUAAAGACAAACAGGAAGCGAGCAGGUUGUGGCUUUUUCUGUUGAGCUGUCGCGUUACUACAGUUACUUACCAUAUUAUAUAUACUAUUAUUUUAGACACACGAACGUAAAUUAAACAUGGGGAAGCGACAGCACCAAAAAGAUAAAAUGUACAUCACAUGUACGGAGUACACAAACUUCUACGGAGGGAAGCGAGCAGAAAUCCCCCAGGCAAAUUUUAGACGGCUUCCCUUUGACCACUGCAGCUUGUCGCUUCAGCCAUUUGAGUAUCCAGUCUGUACUGAAGAAGGAAUCGUCUUUGAUCUGCUGAGCAUCGUCCCUUGGAUUAAGAAGUAUGGAACUAAUCCAGCCUCCGGAGAGAAACUGGAAGCAAAGUCCCUCAUCAAGCUGAACUUUACCAAGAACAACGAUGGAAAGUAUCACUGUCCUGUUCUGUACAACGUCUUCACAAAUAAUUCUCAUAUUGUUGCCAACAAGGUCACUGGCAAUGUGUUUUCCUAUGAGGCUGUUGAGCAGCUCAACAUUAAGACCAAGAGUUUUAAAGAUCUUUUGACAGAUGAACCCUUUACUAGAAAGGACAUCAUAACUCUUCAGGACCCCACAAACCUGGACAAAUUCAACGUUUCCAAUUUCUUCCACGUACAAAACAACUUGAAGGUGUUGGAUCCUGAUGAGGAAAAAGCCAAGCUGGACCCCGCUUAUCAUCUUAAUAGCACCAACCUCGAAACCAGGGAGACCUUAGCUGAGCUGUACAAGGACUACAAGGGGGAUCAGCUCCUGGCUUCCACCAUGAAGGAGCCUGAGACCAAGAAGACGGACAAGAUUAACGCUGCUCACUAUUCUACAGGCAGGGUUUCUGCCUCCUUUACAUCCACGGCCAUGACCCCUGCAACGACACACGAAGCAGACGCCAUCGCAGACGACACUGUGCGCUACCAGUACGUGAAGAAGAAAGGCUACGUGCGUCUCCACACAAACAAGGGGGACCUUAAUCUAGAGCUGCACUGCGACAAGGUUCCUAAAGCUGGAGAGAACUUCAUCCGCCUGUGUAAAAAAAACUACUACGAUGGGACCAUCUUCCACAGGUCCAUUCGGAAUUUUAUGAUCCAAGGAGGCGACCCCACUGGCACUGGCACAGGAGGGGAGUCCUUCUGGGGGAGACCCUUCAGGGACGAGUUCCGGCCCAACCUGUCCCACACUGGCCGUGGUAUUCUCAGCAUGGCCAACUCGGGUCCAAACACCAACAAAUCCCAGUUUUUCAUCACAUUCAGGUCGUGCACCUACCUGGACAGGAAGCACACCGUCUUUGGAAGGGUUGUUGGUGGAUUUGAGGCGCUCACAGCCAUGGAGAACGUAGAGAGCGAUCCCAAAACGGACAAACCCAAGUCUGAGAUUAAGAUCAUAGAUACAACCGUGUUCGUGGACCCGUACGAAGAGGCCGAUGCUCAGAUCGCAGCAGAGCGAGAGAAGGAGCAGCAGAAGCAGGAGGAGGAGAGGCAGCAAGCCAACGUUUCCCUGAAGAAAGCCAAGGAGGAGCAGGCGCCAAAGACCUUCAAAGACGGCGUGGGGAAAUACAUCAACCCGGUCACAAUGAAGCGUUCAGCUGCUGAUGAUGAAAGUGGACCGACCACCAGCGGAGCAGCAGCAGCAGCAGCGGUGGCGGCCAAGAAGUCCAAGGGCAAGACUGGGUUUGGAGACUUCAGCUCCUGGUGAAGCCGCACGCAGCGCUUCCUGCUCUGGUGUCAGUCAUUCUUUACGUCCGCGUUUUGCAUCGUCUUCAUUCAUCACUAGUGUCGUAGUGUCGGCAGCAUGUGGAACAAUAAAUUAAAGCUGAUUUUUUUACAUGGAA